ACCUACAUCCCCAUACCCCUCCGGGCUCCGAGCUUCAGUUUCAGUCGCUUUCUUUUAAGCAGCCAGAAUAUAAAUGGUUCAGCAGUGAAGCAGGCAUGGCACAUGGACAUGAGCAUGCACAUGGUCAUGGAAAAAUUGAACUCCCUGACUACAAACAGUGGAAGAUAGAAGGAACACCACUACAGCGAGUUCAGGAGAGGUUGGCUAGGCAAGGUCUCAGGGAUCCAUGGGCUCGCAAUGAAGCUUGGAGAUACAUGGGUCGUUUUGGAAAACAGCCUACUUUGUGGACUGCUUUGACAAGAGGAUUCAAAUGGGGUUUUGGAGCAUUUUUAUUAGCUGUUGGAGUGGAAUAUUACCUAACUGCUCCAAAGAAUGAGGAGGAACAUGAUUCUAACCACUAAAGUUAAGAUGUGAAAGAAUUAUAACUAAUUAUUUAGAGUGAAUGUUUUCUGUUCUGUAAUUUGCUUAUUUGCCCUGUUAAAGAUUAAUAUUAAAAUUUCACUUGGUAAAAGAA